AUGUCUUCUACCACCGCAACCACCACCAACCAUAUGCCGUCGGACGAAGAACCGAGCCUUGAUCCUCUAGAUGCGGCCGACUACGACCCAAUCGACCACCUAAACGCUAUCUUCUCGCACCCCUCCACACUCUCAUCCGUUUCCCGAGUCUCCCAAGCCCUCCAAACCUACGAAGAUGAACUGGAUGGCGAUAUCGGCUCCCUGGUGGAAGACCAGGUUACCUCCAACGCCGAAAGCGUGGAGCGCAUCCAAGCAGCCAAAGCCGACCUGAGCGAGCUAUUCAAUAAGAUUGACGACGUUCGCGACCGCGCAUUGAAGACCGAACAGGCAAUCACAGAGAUGACCGCGGAUAUCAAGCAACUGGAUAAUGCGAAGAAGAAUCUGACGCUGUCGAUGACGGCACUGAAGCGGCUGCAAAUGCUCACGACAGCAUACGAUCAGCUGCGCGCGCUGAGCCGGACGAGACAGUACCGUGACUGUGCGCAGCUUCUGCAGGCUGUUAUCCAGCUCAUGGCGCAUUUUAAGUCAUACCGGUCGAUUGACCAGAUUGCGCUACUGAGUAGGAAUGUGGCGGAUAUACAACGGGAGUUGCUGGAGCAGGUUUGUGAGGACUUUGAGCUGGCGUUUGCCAAAGGCGAGGUCGGGCCGAAGAAGACGAUAUUGGCAGAGGGGUGCUUGGUUAUUGAUUCGCUUGGGGAUUAUGCGAGGGCGCGGCUUGUGACUUGGUACUGCAACUUCCAGCUGCGGGAGUAUCGGCAGGUUUUUAGGAAUAAUGAGGAGGCUGGGUCUUUGGAUAAUAUCUCGCGGAGAUAUUCGUGGUUUAAGCGGAUUUUGAAGAUUUAUGAUGAGGACUAUGCUGGUAUUUUCCCGGCUAGUUGGAAGGUUGAUGAGAUUCUGGCCAAUGUUUUCUGUGAGGGGACUAGAGAUGAUUUCAAAGGUAUUCUGUCCAGGUCGGUGCGGAAUGGUCAGACUAUCGACGUCAACCUGUUACUCUCGUGCUUACAAGAAACGCUGGACUUUGAGCACACACUGGAGCGCCGCUUUGUCAGUCCUCGGCCUUCCACUGAUACCUUUGCCUCGAGCGAGGCACCUGUCUUCGGCCAAGCAAUUUCGGAAGCUUUCGAGCCAUACCUAAGCGUAUGGGUGGAAGCUCAAGACAAGCAGCUGGCUGCCCUUAUUCCGAAGUAUCGACAACAACCCCUGAAACCCCCAGAUGAGGAAUUCGACUCUCACAUUGUCAUCUCCUCGUCCACCGAACUCUUCACCUUCUACAGACAUGCAUUACAGCAAUGCGCCAAACUCUCCACAGGCGGCAGCCUUGCGGACUUGGGCGGAGUAUUUGCGAAAUAUCUGGACCAAUAUGCGCAGCAAGUCCUUCUCUACUAUAUCAGCGAACGGCCCACAGGGCAUACGCCUUCGAAGGUUCCGUCUCUAGAAGAUCUUAUUCUCGUUCUCAACACUGCGGACUACUGCUACACGACAUGUACCCAGCUGGAGGAGAAGAUUAAGGGCCGUUUGGACAAGAAUCUGAAAGAGAAGGUUGAUUUACAAAGCCAAGCUGAUUCCUUCAUGGGAAUUGCCUCUGCAGCCGUACGGGGUCUUGUACGGCAGGUGGAAGUGGAAAUGGAGCCUUGCUGGCGGGAGAUGCGCAACACGCCUUGGAAUCGUCUGGAGGCUGUUAGUGAUGAGAGCUCUUACGUGGGACAGGUUCUGUCCAAGGCGAAGACGAAGGCUUCAGAGAUUCUGGAGUUCUUGCAUAAACAGCAAUAUGCAAGAGCUUUUACCGACCAUCUCGUGGAGUUGAUUUCGGGUCUGUUCAUCACGAUCGUCUUCCAAAGCAAGCCUAUUUCGGAGACGGGGGCGGAACAGGUGAGUUUUCCAACGAGCUUGCGACUUGGAGAUCCCAAUACUUACGUGUAUAGAUGCUACUCGACUCAUACACCCUCAAAUCUGGCCUAUCAUCCCUCCUCCCAUCGCCAGCCCCGGCAAGCUUCAUCAAGCGCGUAA